AGGCGAAAGAACGAACCGAGCCUCAUCCUUUACCGGAAGAACUUCAAGAGAAAGCUCAGCAAUCUGCGAAGAACAAACGCGAUCACCGAUCCAAUUUCCAUAUCAAAAUGUCGUGGCAAACAUAUGUCGAUGACCAUUUGAUGUGCGACAUUGAUGGCCAAGGCCAGCACCUCACCGCCGCUGCCAUUAUAGGCCACGAUGGCAGCGUCUGGGCUCAGAGCACCUCAUUUCCUCAGUGCAAGCCUGAGGAGAUCACUGGUAUCAUGAAGGAUUUUGAUGAACCUGGUUAUCUUGCACCUACUGGAUUACACCUUGCAGGUACAAAGUACAUGGUUAUCCAAGGCGAGCCUGGAGCAGUCAUCCGUGGAAAGAAGGGGUCUGGAGGAAUUACCAUAAAGAAGACUGGGCAAGCUCUAGUUUUUGGCAUUUAUGAAGAACCUGUUACUCCAGGACAGUGCAACAUGGUCGUUGAGAGGCUUGGCGAUUACCUCGUCGAUCAGGGUCUGUAGGCUUUCUAAGUAUCGAAAUUUUGGCCUACAAUUAUUCUUUUUCCUUGUUUCUUUUUGUGUUUGUUUGGUUCCAAGUUUGCAUAUGCUUCAUUCUUGAGCCUCGAAUUGGCAGAGAAGUUAAUGCAGACAAUAACCUCCUCAAAGAUAUUAUUAACAGUUGUUUGGAGCUUGGCUUUUGAUUAAUUUUUAUAAAAUAUCUUAAUAUUUUUUUGGGUAUUCAA